CUCUUUAUCUCUUCCUUGUGGGUGGCCGCCUCUCUUGUUUGCUGUUGUCUUCUUCUACUUUGCUUUUGGCUUUUCAAGGUUGUACAUGGUUUUGUUUAGUUGGUGUGUCAACUCUCAGCUGGUCAUGGGCAUUUUGCGUUUGUGGGCCUAGAAAGGGAGAGAAAGUUUGCGUUUUUUCACGUUGGGCUUUGUGGGUUUCUCUUAGAUUUUCCCUUUUCUUCUUUUAAUUCUUUUUUUUUUCUUGGGGUUUUAGUCCUUCCCACUAUCUAAUCCUCCAUGAAAGGUGGUAGGUUGAUGGGGGUCGGUUGACUUCCUUUUCCAAGGAGAGAGAGAGAGAGAUAUAGAUAAUUAGAAUUCUUCGCAGCCAAGUCUUUGGGCGUUUUCGUUGGUUUCCUCUAAACUCUAUAAUUCUAAUCCCGGUUCAGUGAUGUGGGUUUUCUUUAUUCUCAAUUUAUCAACACCCAGAUUUUUUCUUGGCUGGUGCUGGGCUUUCUGUCACCCUGCCGCCAGUUUGCGAGCGAUUCUCUUCUUUGGUUAGAGGAUUCUUGAGCCAAAAGAAGCAGUCUUUGUAAUUUCUUGUUUCACAUUCUGUAAAUUGAAUGUGGGGAUGGAUUAUCUAGCUUGUAACUGAGAUUGGCUCCUCUGAUCCAAGGAGCAAGGUGAUAAAUGCUGAAGGCCGUUGUCUAAGUCAUUGUGGACUGACACAAAGAUUAUAAUCCACAAUGGUUAGCUUAAGAAGGCGUAAACUCUUGGGAAUCUGUGCUGGAAGAAAUUCUUUCUUGACUCCACUUCCUCGAUUUUUUGACAAUGGAACUGCUUCUUUAAGUGCCACCCAGAAUGCAAGGUCUGUAAGUGUACAUCCUCUGCCAUCAGAUAAUGUCAAGCAGCCCGAGGAGAAAACUGUUUCCAAAGUUGGAGCUGGUUCAUCAAAUGCGUCAGCAUCUAGCUCAUCAAAAGAGCAGCAAUCUCAACCUUAUCCAGGGCAACCAGUUAAACGGAGAAAGCGACACAGGAGAAAGCAUGUUCAAAACCAGGAACCAUGCCUAAUGAGAGGUGUCUAUUUCAAAAAUAUGAAAUGGCAGGCAGCAAUUAAAGUUGACAAGAAGCAAAUCCACUUGGGAACUGUUGGUUCACAAGAAGAGGCUGCCCAUUUGUAUGACAGAGCUGCCUUCAUGUGUGGGAGGGAACCCAACUUUGAGCUAUCUGAGGAGGAGAAGCAAGAACUAAGAAAAUUCAAAUGGGAUGAAUUUUUGGCAAUUACUCGCAGUGCAAUUAAUAGUAAAAAACACAAGAGACGGAAUGGAGCGAUGUUGCAGAAGAGAUCGGAACCUGCAUUGCAGAAUGGCGACUGGGAUGACAAGCCAAGAGUGAACAGCUUGUCGGCUUCAGAAGAGAUGGAACCAGACUCAUCCACCUCCUGAAUAUUUUGGUUCCAGAAUGGGGCUGAAUAACACAGUUCUGACUGUGUGAGCUUUAGCUUGUCCUCCAUUUUUGGUGUUACAAAGCCCCCUAUCAAGGCAGAUGAUGGUAGGCCUCACCUUUUGGCAAGCAGAUCUUUACAGUUUUAACUCAAUAACGAGAGAGAAAGCGCAAUAUUAAAUGCUCUUUCGCUGUCUGCUAUCUCCAUCAUCUGCAGACCUGUUAAAUACAUAGCUGUACUUAGUUACUUACCUUUUCGUUGCCUGCCCUGCCCUGCCCCGCCCCCCCAAUUAUGAAAGUUAGAAACAGCAGAAUGCUUUGAGGAACUUGGUUUCAGGAAGCAAAAUUUCUUUGCUCAAUAGUUCAAUGAGUAUAUGAUUGAUUA